GCUGGAAUACCCAGAGACCAGUUACUGAUAACACUGGAGCCUGAGGCGGCCUCAUUAUACUGUAAACAGCUCCCCAUAGAGAAACUGAAGUCCGAGGGGGGCGUCCAGGGAUUCGGAGUCUUCUCAACGGGAAGCAAAUACCUAGUUCUGGAUUGUGGAGGAGGAACAGUAGAUAUCACCGUUUAUGAAGUGCAACCCGACCUCAACCUAAAGGAGCUGUACAAAGCUAGUGGAGGAGCGUGGGGAGGGACUCAGGUGGACGAGGCCUUCAAACAAAUGCUGCAGAAAAUAGUAGGAGCCCCUGUCAUCUCUGAGUUUGCCCGCUCACAUACAGCUGAUUAUGUGGACAUGUAUAGAGAAUUCGAAACCAAGAAACGUUCCAUUACUGGUGACCCAAAGGGCAAAAUCACCAUAAAAAUUCCAUUUUCUCUGGUGGAUACUUUCGAAGACGACACAGGGGAGAAUUUAACAGAGACAAUAAAGAAUACAAAGUUUUCAGGAAAAAUUACGUGGGUGGGGGACAAAUGCAGAGUAUCAGCCGAAGUGAUGAAAAGCUUUUUUGAAGUGGCAGGGGAUCAAAUUGUGGAUCAUGUUAGAUACCUAUUAAGUAAACAUGAAAUCUCAGGGACCAACAACAUUAUAAUGGUCGGAGGAUUUUCUGAGUCACCAAUUCUACAGGACAUGAUCAAACAAUCUUUUCCAGAUAUGAGGGUUAUUAUUCCCCCCGAUCCAGAGCUUGCAGUCCUCAAAGGAGCAGUGCUGUUUGGACACAAACCUGUCAUCAUUUCUUCCCGUAUUGCCAAAUAAAGCUACUAAU